AUGGAUCCAAGCUCCCUCUCAUCAGCUCUGGCUGCACGCCAGCUGCUCAUACCCACCUUCUCGACCCCUGUAAUGCUCGAUGCCUCGCCAAUCGUCAGCAUUUUGCCUAUCACGACAACGCCGACGGAGCACAUGGAAGGGGUCCCUUUCGUUACUGGGCCUGGACCUGCCAUGGUUUCGAUCGCGGCGCCUUCAGGGCGUCCCUUCACCCUAGGCCAUGGAUCUUUUCUGGUCUCGCUUGUGAAGCCUUCGGGGCUUCCAUUUACUAUGGGACAUGGUCCUGUCGUUCUUCCGGCCGCGUCGCCUUCAGGGCGUCCCUUCACUUUGGGUCACGGCCCCGUUGUGUUCUCGAAGCCGACAUCUGCAGCAUCACUGCCGGCCUCGACACUCUCUACACUUGUGGAGCCUUCUUCGGUCAGCGAACUCGCCCCCAAGAUGAAGGCGUUCGUUGUACAUUCACUUUUGGCAUCUCUUGCGGUCGGUGUCGCUGCGGCUUCCAGCGGCGCCGUGUCAUAUGCCGGCUACAAGGUCCUGCGAGUCAAUACGUUGGGCCGUGUCGCUGAGGUCCAAAAGAAACUCGCGACCAUCUCCUACCAGCAGUGGGAAGACACCGAUACUCACAUCGACAUUGUCGUCUCCCCGGACCAGUUUGAGAAGUUCGAAUCACUUGACCUGAACUACCGCCCAUUGCACAAGGAUCUUGGUAAAUCGAUCGAGAAGGAGGGAGAGCAGAAGGCCUACCGCAAACGCGACAUUGAUGACCUCUCUUGGUACGAUGCUUAUUCUCCAUACGCGGAACACGUACAGUACAUUUCCGACCUUCACGCAGCUUUCCCAAACAACUCCAAGCUGGUAUCUUCUGGCCGUUCAUACGAGAAUCGCACCAUUCAGGGUAUCCACCUCUUUGGCGAUGCAGGUCCAGGAAAGCCCGCAGUGCUCUACCAUGGCAAUGUACACGCACGAGAAUGGAUCACCUCGAAGACCGUCGAAUACCUCGCACUGCAGCUUAUCAACGCCCACAAGAACGCGACAAACACGACCCAGUCAAUUCUGAACACGUACGAUUUCCACAUCUUCCCUGUCGUCAACCCUGACGGCUUUGUCUACUCGCAAGAAAAGGAUCGUCUCUGGCGCAAGACUCGAACGCCGCCUCACCCAGGCCAGAACCAGACCUGCUUUGGCACCGACAUCAACCGCAACUGGGAGUACGGCUGGGACGCAAACCCGCUUGGAGCCUCGAAGAACGGCUGUGCGCAGGCCUACAGGGGUGAGAAGCCGUCCGACACCAUCGAAAACCAAGGUCUUGAUGCGUACGUCCGCAAGCUGCGCGACACUGUUGGUAUCAAGCUGUACAUCGACUGGCACAGCUAUGGGCAGUACAUUCUCUCGCCCUUUGGCUCCAAGGAGGAAUGGUAUGCCCCUGAGUUGGGCAAGUGGACCAAGACUGCUUCUGUUCUGAGCGAGGUCAUCCGCGACAGCUCGGACAGGCGAACGACCUUCACAUUUGGACCCUCCGGCGCUACAUUGUAUACGACGACUGGUGCCGCACCGGAUCACCUUUAUGCUAUCGGUGGCGCAGACUUCUCCUAUACCAUCGAGCUUCCCGACACCGGCGACUUUGGUUUUGUUCUUCCCCCGGAGAGGAUUAGGGGCGCUGCAGAGGAACAGUGGGCUGGUCAGCAGGCCCUGUUUCCUCUCUUGGACGAGGUUUUCUUUGAUGGACUUGGUCCAGCCUAGAAACUCAGAUCGAGUCAUGUAGUCUGUUGCUCCUACGAGUGACUGGCAAUGAGAAGAUAUUACACAAUUAGCGCUGUCUUGCAAUAUGUGAAAUUUGUGCCCGUGAUUGUCACACUCGUAGAGUGUUUGAAUUAGCAUCAACAGCAAAAAGAUCUGGUUUUGCAGAUAUGCUAACAUCUAACACAUCUUGU